CCAGAGGACAGGAGUCACGAGAAAGUGCAACAGCCUGGAGAGAGGGUCCUGGCCAAGCCCACACUGGGAGCAGCUGGCCCCCGGCUCCUCCAGGGUGGCAUCGCAGGCAGGACACGCCGUCCCUCUGCCGUAUCCCCUGGGGACCGCUCCUGGAGUGAGCCAGCUUUCCAGGGACGUGGAGAACUGGCCUCGGGAGGUGGCACAGCUUCCGGCUCCUCCCCAGCUCCCCAGGAGCGCCUAUUCUGAUCUAGCGGAGUCUUGUCCUCAUGGAAACCAGACGCCAGCUGCUCUGACACAGCCCGGAUGAGGGGCUCUCCCCCGGGCUGGACCAUCUUACGUGCCCCGCCCCGAAAUCAAGCCAGCCCCGGAAGACCCUGGGAUGGGGAGUGGGGCCAGCCCCGUCUGUGACCAGCUCCAGCAGACCCCUCGGGAGCCUGGAGACCCUGGAGGCUCCCAGGCCACGGUGGGGACAUGGGCGUCAAGAGGCCUGGAUGGGCACAGAAGGGGCCGAGGGGCUGCAGGAGAUGGGAUGAGCGUGGCAGGAGGAACCCCCAACUUUAAAGGCCUGCCGGCCCCCAGGGGCCAGAGGGGGCAGUGUGCCAUCGGAGGAAGCGUGCGGGAGCUUGGGGUGAGGAGUGGAGACAUCAGCCACGUCAGCACGCGGACGCGUGUGCCCGGGCGAGCCGGCCGGCGGGUCAGCUGCUUCUCCCGCAGCCCCGCUGCAGAUGUGAGCGCCCGGAGUCAGGCCUCAGAACCGCCGAGCCGAGGGCACUCGGGAUGCAGGUGGUGCCUGGAGGCCCCCGGCUGGCGGGCCAGGCUUGGUCCGACUCUUCCCAGACGAUCACGACCGAGGCCGCUGAGCGCCCUUCGAACGGGCUUCCUCCCUGGUGACUGGACAGGAACUUGUUUGCUGCGGUCUCUCGGAGAGAUGAGGGGAGCCUGUCCUAAGUGCCGGGCCCGGCCCUCUGCUUCCUGGGACUCUCGUGCCCUCUGCUCCCCUGGAAAAGCCGCUCAGGGAGACGCCCCCAGCCUCCCACCCGACCACUCCGCCUGCCCACCGUUCCCUUCUCAGCAGGCCCUUCCUUCCUCAAGCAGAAGCUCAGUCCUGAGAAAGGGGAUGCAGAGACAGGGUGCACGGGAGCCAGAGGGAGCAGCAGCGUGGCCCAGAGGCCCCUGUGGGGUCCCACCCACUUGCUUCCCACAGCGGGGUCUGCAUGGCUGGGAAUGGCAGCCUUGUCCCCAGGCUGGACGCUCGGCCCUUCCCCCAGAGCACCUCGGGAUGGCUUCAGCCUGUUCUCGUCGCUGACCCGCGCCUGUCCUCCCUGAGCCGCCCAGAGUCUCCCCCACCGGCGGCCGGUGGUGCUCCCGUAACCCAGCCACAGCCGCACUCCCAGUCUCUCUCCUUCUGCGCCUCCAUCCCUGCUGGCCAGCGUCCCUCGGGGGUCACAAGGGAGAUCAGGAGGAAGCCUGACCUCGCGCUCUGCCGUCUGCGGACAGGAUGUGCGGUGGCAUCACUGGCGCACUUUGUGAGAGCAGUGGCCAGCACCGCCAUGGAGCAGGAGUCGUCCGGAGCCCCGAGAGCCGGCAGCGAGGCUGCCCCUCGUGUAGACGGGUGAUCGAGUCUGACCAGCGUGCUGAGGGUUGGUGGUGUUCAAUUCGACCUUUGCCCUCACACGUACCGGACUGUGGACAGUGAGGCUGUCUGUGCCUCUGCUCUUCC